GAACUGAACUGCAGGCGGGCUUCUGAAAGUGCUGACUGGUUUUUGUGGUUCUCUAUUUAACUUACAUUCUUGAGAACAGAGCACAGGCAUACAGCAACACCAUAUACCCACAAUCACCAAGAGCUGCAGUGAACCCGUACAGAACCUCUACAGACUGAAUGCUGAUCAGUAUAAUUAGAAACAGGGAUGAUUAGAUAUGUUUAUGCAAAAUGUGGAAUUUCAGCAGACAACACAUCAGCUGUCGCAAAGUAUGAAGACAUCUACGCAAAUGACCCUCCAAGGACUCAAGUGACCAGAAGCAAUGAGGGAAAUAAGAAAUCAGGAGUUUACAGACUGGCUGCAGUGUGUUUGCUGCUGCUGUGUGUUUUCCUGCUGAUUGCCGUCACAGUGCUGUGGGUCAAAUACAACACCCUGACAAAAGAGAGACCGCAGUUACAAUUAGAGAGAGAUCAGUACCAACGAGAGCUCUCUGAACUUCACAGUGUCCUUUUAAACCUGGGAUGGAGAUUUUUCAACAGGAGAUUUUACUACAUUUCUACUGUAAAGAAGAGCUGGUGGGAAACCAGACAGGACUGUAUAAAGAGAGGAGCAGAUCUGGUGAUCAUAAACAGUACAGAGGAACAGGACUUCAUCAGUAAAAAUUUUGCCGGUACUGAAGCUUGGAUUGGUCUGCUUGACACAGACACAGAGGGGACAUUUAAAUGGGUGGACAGUUCACCACUGACCACUGAGUUCUGGUGGACCGGAGAACCAAACGAUUAUGAACAAAGCGAGGACUGUGUUAUAACAGGCUACAAAAGAGCGAAGUCUAACAUUUUAACCUGGGCUGAUUAUCCCUGUAACCAUCCUGUAGUUGGGAUUUGUGAGAUGAAAAUAUUUAACUGAAUCCAUGAAACUAAAAAAACUAUAUGAAGCUUGUGUCUGUGCUUCCUUUUCAUUUAUUCUCAUAGUAGCAGCUAUCAGGUAGCUUGAAUGAUUUGCUGUAACAGUCUUACAACUCCUGUACAUUUAAAAAAUAUAUUAAACUUUAUUCUGUACUUAAAUACAACACGGUUUUGUAUUUACAAAGAGCUGAAACAACAGUCUAUGAAGUGCUUUUAUGUUACAAACUUGACUAAAUGAAAUAAAUUAUAUACUACCCACAUCUACAUGACUGUAACUGAGUCUUAGUACAGUUCAGAGAGCUGGGAAUGUGUGAACAUUGCAGCACUGAUUACUGGGUUAAAAUUCACUGUUAAAAGAAAACGAUAUAAUUGUUAAUCUAAUUCAUCAACAUGAUGUCUCCAGUUUCAGUGUAUUGUAACAGAUUCUCUGGAACAUGGCAAGUCCUAGUUACAAAAGGAUGGAGACUUCAGUGUGGAUCUCAGCACCACAGAAACACUCAUUCACGUAGUCAUUCACACACUUAUACACUGGAAUUCAGAGAAGCCUACAUGUGCCCCCUAGUGGCUGAAUUUCUCCAUCUCUUAGUUAGUGCUUUGUUUGAUUUUUGCCACUUCUAUAAUCAGCUGUACUACUUGAUCAGUAAGCUGUGACGAUGUAACUUGUGCUUGAAGUUUGUUUAUUUGUUAAUUUGUUGGUUUACAUUCAUGUUUAUUACUUUUUUGUAUGAUAAAUUCCUGAAUAAAAUAAGUCUAUGAGUAAAGAA